CCCGCAUGCGUUCUCAUUCUCAUUAUGUUUCUUCUUUCAUCAAAACUUCUUCUUAGGCGUUUGUUUGUUCAUAAGUUUUGGUUUUAAUCUCUUGUUCGUUAUGAUGUUUUACCAAAAUCGUUUUAUGAUUCUCUUGUACCCUUACGUUAUUCUUUUUCUUUUUAAUGGCAAACUCAAAUCCGGUGGUCAAGUUGAUGAUGACCAAUCUCAGAUCCUUGAUCCUGGUAGGGAUGAUGAUGAGGGCUUAAACCCACAUCCUUGAUCGCUGAUUAGGAAUGGUCUUAGAUGUUUCUUUUUGUUUUGUUUUUCUGUUUCAUUCGGAUGAUUUUAUGAAAUCGUUUUCUAUGUUUUUUAAAAAAAAAACUAUAUGAUUUUCAGUGGUAAUUCUCUAUGGGUCAAUCCCAUACCACAAUGGUUUAAUUGCCGUGUCCCACAUACCCAAAGCCCAAUACUAUUCGGCCCAAUAUGAUUUAAUGCCCUGAUAUUUAGUGGCUUUCGGUUCGUUGUUUCAAUCUCUAGGGUUUUUCAAAAGUCGACUCUCCCUCACCGGCGAGAUAUUCAACCGAGUCUCAGGCUUGUUUUCGAAAGUCGCAUCUCUCUCUCUCUUUCUACAGAGAUAUUCCACCACGAUUUGCAGGGAACAUGGCUUCCUUUUCGUGGAAGAAUCUUAAAUACCAUCUUUUAAUGGAUCCCGAUGGUGUUGCUGCUGCAUCUACUUUCUAUAAUACUGUAUUUGGGGCAGUAUUGAAGAAAAGCUUUACGCUUGCUCAAGUUGAACUUAAACUUGCUCGGAAUUUUCUGGUUAUCUCAAAAGGAAAUAUCGAUCCAAAUUGUGGUUCCCAAACCCAAAUUCAAUUGGCCGUUGAUGUUAAAGCUGUUAUGGAUGCUGCGAUUACACGUGGAGCAUUAAAUCAAACAGAGUUAAUCACUGAGUCUGAAGCAUCGAGAGGGAUUGUCGCAAAAUUGCGCGAUCCGUUUGGCUAUAAUUGGGCUUUCUCCCAUAGAUCCAAUCAGUCGGAUGACAUCUGUAGUCUGUGCUUUAUGGAUGCUCCUCAUCACACAUCCAUAAAUUUUUGCACAUUGCCUCAUACCCGUCGCUGGCUAAUAGCGGCCUCUCACACUCCUCCAAAUGUGACUGAAGAGGAUAUGGCCAACAAACUGUUUAAGAUAUAUUUUACCAUCGUCGAUAUUCUCAAACACCCUUACAAUAGGACGUCCUACUUUGAAGAAUAUUAUGGUUUUCAAUCGUUCCAGACUUAUAUUGGACAUGCAAGUAACUACCUUUUCUGGUGCGUCAUUAUUUUGUUACGCUCUACUGGUCCCACUUGGCCUUGAGGUUCUUGCCUUUCGCCGACAUGGAGGCGGUAACAUCUCAGUAUUCUGCUGCUUUUUCUAGUUUUCAACUCUUGGUAGGAGGAAUUCAAACACAGACCAGUCCACGUGAAGUUUGGUGUAAGGCAGUAUUAACUUUGUUGGGUUUACUUGCUGCAAUUCGCCUUAAAUUCAUACAUCCAUAUAUCAUCAAUACACAUGAAGAUUUGAUUGCAUCUAUCGCCAAUGAACUUGCGCAUUGGAGAAAUCUUGCUCCCGGCGUCCUCCCUGCUCCCGGCGUCCUCCCUGCUCCGGUCGCCCUCCCUGCUCCGGUCGCCCUCCCUGCUCCGGUCGCCCUCCCUGCUCCGGCUAUCCGUCCUGCUACGGGCUUCUUCCCUGUUCCGGCCGUCCGCCCUUCUUCUGGCCGUCCUCCAUUAAGCUUUUCUCUUGGUCGGGGUCGGGGUUGGGGUCGGAGAUAUCGUCCUUGAGAGGAUUACUAACAAUGAUACAUUUUUUUUUUUGCAUUUAUGUUUUGAAGAUCUUUGAAAUAUAUAUAUUUUGUUAUGAGCCGCAUAUGUUUAAAAAUAUAAAGAAUGUUGGGUCUGUGGCACUAUUUACACAGUGAAUAACACAUCGUCUCUUGUUAUCA